CUAAAAAGAAUACUUCUGUUCUGCUCUGCACUCAGAUUAUGUGUUUAAAUUUUGCUCUGUUAUAUGACUCUACAAAACGAUGAAUGUUGUGAAGUAAGAGAGAAAGGAUAACUAGCAGAAUUACUGUACAGAACAUCAGAUGAUCCAACCGACUCCUGCUGUGGAUGAACUGAUGUGCCUCUUUGCUCAUGAAACUCCAAGAGAUAACAUAAAAUAAUUAAAAUAUCUCUGUACGACACCUCAAGCUGGCCAUCUUUUCGUGACAUUCACCCAUUGUGUUAUUGCUAAGAUGUCUCAACUGCAGCACAGGAGGCAGGAGAGAGGGAAGGAGACCGAACAAGAGAGAAAACAGUCACUGAACCAGCUUUUGAUUAAAAAGAAGAGUGAACAAAGUGCAGUUGCCAGUCCCUGGGUGAAACAAAAGCUACAGCAGCAUAUUUUGAGUAGGCUGGACCAAGCUGCAGCUACUCCUGACAGUUACCUCAGGAAGCCAAGUCAGGAUCCACACCAUUUCCAGUAUCUAUCCCACUAUUUUGGGGAGGACAAUCCAUUACGAAGAACAGUCUCAGAGCCAAUUCUGAAGGUGCGGCCAAAGAGAAGCGCAUUGGGCAGACUGAACCCACUGCUCCGUAAAACAAGUGCGCCCCCUUCUGUCCAAGCAUCUGACGCUAUGGGUGCCUCUCCCAGCACUGUUUCAGUAUCCAUGGGGAGUUCAACACCAGACAAACUAUUGAAAAUACUUCUAGAUCAACAGACCUGUUGUGCACCAAUUUCAAAAGAGUUGGUGAGCGACAAUAUGCAACAGGCAGAAUCUCCUCUGCACAUUGGUGCCCAGAACCCCAUCCUAUUGCCUGUCAUGCAACAAGGUUGGGCAUUCUCUCCUCAUUUACAGCCACUUCAUCCCCAUGUUCUUACAGUGCAUCCACAUGUUCUUACAGUUCCUGUGCCAUGUGCAGUGUUGUCCCAUAGGGCUUUGGCCAAAACCCAAUCAGCACCAUCUUUUAUCCAGCACAACACACACAUUCAUAGACAGAGUCUUACAUUUACACUCCCUGCAUACCAACAGCCCAACUCCUGGCCACAGGAGAGAAUCCAGCAACACACUCUUCCAAAAAAGGUGCUUGUUCGCAGAGUGUGGUCCAUGUCUCCUGAAGAUUUGCAUGAAAAGAAGAGGGUUGAGGAAGGGAAUGCAAAUGUGGGCGGACACAGUCUGUUUGAAUCACCAUUUCAUAGCAGUUGCAGUAAUCAAUUGGAAGCACAGAGCCUCGGAGAAUGUAAUCACCAGCCAAACAGAAUGACUCACCAGAAACUUAUACAUGCUCAUUCCUCUCCAGGCUACUACACUUAUAACAGAACUCUGCCUUCAUGCUUAACCUCACCUCUGUCCACCCAGAGUAUCAGGAACAUACCACACCACACCACAGGCUUGGUGUAUGACUCUCAGAUGCUGAAACAUGAGUGUGACUGUGGAGAAAACAGCAAUCACCCUGAGCAUGCUGGCAGAAUUAAGAGUAUCUGGUCAAGAUUGCUGGAGUGUGGACUCAGGAAUCAGUGUGAGAGGGUUAAGGGUAGGUUGGCCAGUUUAAAGGAACUACAGUCCGUCCAUUCUGAGAAACAUGUUAUUCUCUUCACUGAGCUCUCAGAAACAGAUUUGCCCAACCACAUGGAGGUGUUUCAGACACAGCCAUGUGGAGGAAAGGGGAGGGAUCUUGAUAUGGUAUGGAAUGGCACAUCCAGCAUAACGGCACUUAAGAUGGCAGUUGGUAGUGUGAUUGAACUGGCCCUGCGUGUGGCUAAUGGAGAAUUAAGGAAUGGCUUUGCUGUGGUCAGGCCUCCAGGACAUCAUGCAUCACACUCUCAGACACAUGGCUUCAGUAUCUUUAACUCUGUGGCCAUUGCUGCUAAACAGCUUCAGGACAGAUUGAACAUUAAAAGGAUCCUUAUAGUGGAUUGGGAUGUUCAUCAUGGUAGUGGAACUGAGAAGAUUUUCUACACAGAUCCUAGUGUUCUCUAUAUAUCUCUGCAUCGCUAUGAUAAUGGCACUUUCUUCCCUGGUACUGGAGAACCUAUUAUGGUAGGAUCUGAUGAAGGUAAAGGCUAUAAUGUAAAUGUGGCCUGGUCAGGAGGGUUGAAUCCUCCAAUGGGUGAUGCAGAAUACCUAGCUGCUUUCAGAACAGUAGUUAUGCCAAUUUCUCGUGAGUUUUCUCCUGACAUGGUCCUGGUUUCAGCUGGUUUUGAUGCUGCUGAGGGUCACCCAGCUGCUCUGGGUGGAUACAAUGUCUCAGCUAAAUGUUUUGGACUCCUGACCCGGAAGUUAAUGGAGUUGGCUGAAGGUCGUGUAGUGCUGGUGUUAGAGGGAGGUUAUGACCUCUCCUCUCUCUGUGAUGCAUCCCAGGCCUGUGUCAACGCUCUCGUGGGAUUUGAGCCUGAACCUUUAGCUGAAGAAGAAUUAUUGAGGAGACCCUGUGAUAAUGCAGUUGACUCUUUGGAGACAGUUCUGCGUGUACAGAGUCAGUACUGGAGUUCAGUGAGGGCUAUGCUAGACACUGUGUCUCUGCCAUAUGUAAAAGCAGAGAAGAGCUACUCGGUGGGCAGUGGUGCUGCUUCAGCCCUGGAUGGCCUCACUAUGACUGUUUCAAACAGAAGCUGUUUCCCAAAUGAGCCAAUGGAGAAUGAUGAAGAUCAUUUAAUGUAGGAGCCAGUUACUGUUUCUCCUAAUUAUAUGCUGGAAGAUUUCAUAUUCAUUUCCAAGAAGAGGAUGGACACCCAGUGCCAUAGAGGCCUGAAGUUAGUAUGCCUGUGUUGUGUGAAUGCGUUGUUGUGUAAGACAGGAGACAAUCCAUAACAACUGUUGCCAAAUAAGUAGUGAUAAGACCCUCUCUGAGCAACAAGAGAGCUUCAAUGUCAUGUCACAUGUAAUAAAAUCUUGUGAGUCAUUAUGUUAUAUACAUUUAUAGCUUGCACAUGAUGUCUCAGGGCAAUUUCAAACAAGGAUAUCAUGUAUGAAGGAAGUGAACAUUUGUAAGAGGCAUUAAGUGAAAGAUUGUUCUCCCACACAAGUCUUCUCCAAACUGAAAAUGUAUUCAAACAGAAGUACUUAUGUUACACUGAGAUACUGUUUGUUAGUUUUAUACUUUAGCAGACUAUGAAAGUAUUUAUCAGUCCUUAAUGCUUUAAACUAGUCUUAAGAAUAUAUACAGUAUUUAGAAGUUUUUGUUAAAUGCACUCUACAUUUAUUACUCAUUACAAAAAACAAAAACAAAAAAAUUAUCCUGAGAGUUUUACAUUGUGGUUGAGAUGUUUUAUUGUCAAAUGUUUUUUUAAAAUCAAAGCGUGUUCUGAACCUGCUAUUGUUAAAAUGCUGAUGGCUUUUUCUUGAAUUAAUAUUUAAGGAUGAUAUCCUUCAAUGUAAUUUAUCAGUCAUUUAGUCGUGAAGUACUUUGUGCUCUGCUAUGUCAAUUUGAAAGGCCACGAAAGCCUCGACUUACAGUAUCGGUCAAAAGAUUGGAUACAUUGUACUUGGAGCAUAUUCAUCUUGUUUCACCAUUUGCCCUUUAGUUGUGUCCAUGUACACAUUUCUUAACUUUUUAAAUGUAUGCAUUCAACAGUUAAAAAGUGGUCACCAUAAAUGGGAACUGUAUUUUAAGAGUUUUGAUAACAGUACUAAUAUUCUAAAAUGUGGAAAAUAAUCAAGAAUAAAGAAUGAGUAGGAGGGUCCAUACUUUUUGGUACUUUAUCUUAGGUCACUCUCAUAAGGGUUUUAAUUUUCUGUUGUUAAUGCUUAUUGUUGUGCUACAAUUACAGUUUAAAGCAUUUUUUUGUGUGAAAUGCAACUGAAGGGAUAGUUACACCAAAACUGAAAAUUCCCUCAUCAUUUACUCACCCUCAUGCCAUCCCAGAUGUGUAUGACUUUCUUCUGCAAAACACAAAAAAUAUUUUUAGAAAAAAUAUCUCAGCUCUGUAUAUCUCACAAUGCAAGUGAAUGGUGUCCAGAACUUUUAAACUCCAAAAAAGGGUAACUGGCUGGAGUUACUCAAAAUACUCGAAUACUCAGAAUACUAGAAUUCAAACUCGCUGAGCUACCCAGGGUCCCCCCCACUUUCACAUUAUUUUGUGCCAAUUUACAUUCUCCGUGCAUAUCCCAACCUACUGGACAGGGAGAAGAAUUUAUAGUAAAAAAGGACUUAAACAUUUAUCCAUUUUUCAUCCACACUUAUCAUAUCCCUCCAGAAGGUAUGGAUUAAACCAUUGGAGAUGUAUGGAUUGUUUUUAUGCUGCCUUUAUGUCCUGUCGGAGCUUCAAAGUUCAGCCCACCACUCACUUGCAUUGAAUGGCCCAACACAUCUGAAAUAUUCUUCCUAAAUUCUGUGUUAGCGCUCAGCAGAAGAAAGUCACACAUCUGGGAUAGCAUGAGGGUGAGUAAAUAAUGAAAUAAUUUUAAUUUAAACUGGGUGAACUAACCCUUUAACACAACAAAUUCCUCUUGUUUGCUACAUUCCAAUUUUAGUAGUGUAUAUCAUUCAAACUUUUUACAACGUUUUACACUGUCAACUGUUUUUACUGUUCUAAGGAUUAAAAUAAAGCCAUAUUGUUACUAUUUCUAACGUUUUAUUGAAAUCAAGGGUGAUUUGUAAUGAUGUGUCACAAGUGUUAUUUUAUUAAUGGGCUGCCCACGCAUGCAUAAAUUUACCAAUUUCAUGACAUGAUAUAAUGGAUGUAUAUAAAAUUGCCCGAAUUGUUAGGCAAACGCUAAAAUCACAUUCUAUCACAAUCUAUAUGUAAAUAUAAAAAGAAAGAUUAACAUAAUAAUACAAAUGCAUGCAGUCUUAUAUGAGUGAAUCUAUACAAACCUAUAAUCAGUCCUAUAACACAGGUGACAGUAUGGGCAGGUGAUAACCAACUACCAGAGGUGUGAUAGUAUUACAUUAGACUAUUAAAAAGUUUUUAAAAAAUUAC